GUGGGAAUAAUCAAUAACCUCCAUGGCUCUGAUAGCGACCGACCAGGGCUGCAAAGUGAACGGGACGUCGGUGAUUUACGGCAGAGUUGGGCCAAGAAAAGAGGUUCCUCAAGGCAAGGCGGACGGCUUUAAAACGACCAAAAUGCAGCCCAAAGACACGGAGUAUUCAACAGAUGGCCUGCCCAAAGCCUUCCUGCACAGCCUCAGGACCCUGUUUGACAUUUUGGAUGACGGGGGUCGCGGUUAUGUCCACAUCUCAGAGAUCGAGAGUCGCUGGCAGGGCGCAGACACCCGGGAGCUUCCCGGUGGGGUGCUGACCUGCCUCAGGAGGGUCACCCCGCCGCACGGCUGCCUCACCUUUGAGCGGUUCGUCGCGGGGCUGCGGUACUCCAUGCUCAACCCGGACCACAGCGCCCACUUUAAGGCCCAGGCUGCCGUACACCCACAGCAGGCUCCAAAGCAGCCCCAGAAACCCGCGCCGCUGUCCUCGUGUAGCGUCGGGACCCGAGUUGAGAACAAGGUGCGUCCUCUGGGGCCGAGCAACGUGACAAACACCCAGCAGCAGCAGCAGCAGCAGCACCGGGCGUCCUCACUGCAGGCCCGGGCCAGGGCCGAGGAGGGGGGCGGGUACCCCCCCGCGUGUGGUCCGGCGAGGUACAGCGCGGGCUUCGAGAGGUCCGGGCGGAGUUUGGAGAGAAUUCCCGUCGCUCCGGAGGGGGUGUGUUACCGAGCAGACCCGGGCCAUGUCACCAAACCAACCCAGCCACAGCAGAGCAGGGUCAGGUCAAUUGAGUCGCUUGCUCUGGAGUCACCGCAGCUCCAAGGAUCAAGUGUUGUGAAAUCAGGUUUACCAAGAUCUCAGAGCGAAUCAGCGACAGGAUUUACUGGCGGCUCCAGGCGACACGGGCGGAGUCGGGACGAGCAGAGGCGACACACCAUAUCUAACGGAGUGGAUUAUGGAAUGUUGAAGCAAAUGAAAGAGCUGGAGCAGGAGAAGGACUCCCUGCUCACGGGCCUGGAGGUGGUGGAGCGGGCCCGGGACUGGUACCAGGGUCAAAUCCACAAUGUCACAGAGAGACAGCGGCAAGUCGGCCAGAACUCCCACUGCACGGAUUUUCUCACAGAGGCCAAUCAGAGUCGCAUGAAUGUUCUUAUUCCCAAACUGCAAGAAGUCAACCGCUGCCUUAAUGACCUUAUUUCCUGCACUGGGAUGCAGUCAUUUCCUUCAGGCUGUGCUCAGACAGCAGCGCUCUCCUCCAGCUCCCAGCCGCCGGCUCCAGCUCCUCCACAAGCCAUCCAGAGACUGAAGGACCAGAACCGACUUCUCACACAGGAGGUGACAGAGAGGAGCGAGCGGAUCGCCCAGCUGGAGCAGGAGAAGUCAGCUUUGAUAAAACAGCUUUUUGAGGCUCGUGCCCGCAGCGUGCAAGACACCAGCGCCAUGGACUCCACCUUCAUCUGAACCCCCC